AAGAAAACGUAAAUUAUAAAAAAACAAUUUAAAAAGCUAUUGUUUAUAAACCUUGUCACUAAUCUUAUUGAGAAUGAUCAAUCAACAAAAUUGAUAUGGUGUAGUUUUAUCCGGUGUGCAGAUACAAUGAAGGGGGUAGCUUCAGCAUAUAACAAUUUGCAGGUAUACAGUGAUAUGCACUAUUAUGGAUUAAACAUGAUUAUUUAGAAAUGUAGAAAUGUCACGCUCAAAAUGGUUUGGUGUCCGAAAGCGUUAUUGGUUUACUGUUUUUUUACUAUUUGUUUUAAUUAUUCUUAUUCGACUUUUAACAAUUCAAAUGAUGUUUAUCUGUGUCUUUGACUAUGAAAAGGUUUUUCUUUCACCAAAUGAAAAUCAUUUUGCUGGUAAAAAACACAUUACAAAAUUAUCUUCAAGUUUUAACUGUAGUAAAGAACAUUUAAAGCUUCUUGUUUUAGUGACUAGUAAUAUAUCUAAUUUUGAUAGAAGAGAAACAAUUCGAAGAACAUGGGGAAAACCUUUAAAUAAACAUUUUAAUAAUGACUUUCGUACAUUUUUUAUGCUCUCGAAAUCUCCAGACAAAGAAAUAAUGAAAACUAUGGAGGAAGAAUCAGCUAAGCAUGGUGACAUUAUAAUUUGUGAUUUUUUUGAAGACUUCUAUCAACUUUCCUUUAAAGUUGAGGCCGCUUUCGAAUGGGCUCAUAUUUAUUGUUCCUAUGAAUACUUGCUAAAAUCAGAUGACGAUGUUUAUGUAAACUUAUUUAAUUUGUUUGAAUUGUUAGUUAAUAAAGACACUCCAAAAAAAAAUCUAUAUUUAGGUUAUCAUCAUCAGCAACCACGUGUUUCAAGAUCUGGUAAAUAUAAAGUUGAACUACAUGAAUAUGGAUCAAACUGCUAUCCGGACUACUGUGCAGGGGGCGCUGUUGUUUUAUCAAGUGAUUUGAUUGAAAAAAUGUUAUUAUACUUCCAACCUGUGCCUCUUAAAAUUGAUGAUGCAUAUAUAGGUAUUCUUGUGAAGAAUGCUGGAGCCAAACCUACACACAAUGAGGGUUUUCGAUUUUUUGCAGAAUCAUGCAGUUUUGAGGAGUUUACAAUUGCUCAUCAUCCUGCAAAAACUAGGGUUUGUAUGGAAAAAAUACAUUAUGGAAUGUUAGAAAAAAAUAAUGAAAAUGAGUUUGUAAGAAAGCAUUAUAUUGAAAACAAUUCUUUAAAAUAAAUUUUA